CUUUGGCCUCCUGACCCAGACAGAGCCGGGCGCUAGGGAGCCUGCGGCCGAGCCCGGGUCGCGCCGCCCCCAGCCUCGGGGCCGAGAGCCAAGAGUUCGAGGCCUCCCCGACCCGGAUAUGCUGAAAAGGAGCCACAGAGGGAGAAGUGUUUCUGGAGUACAGGCGCGCUGUAAGGGGGAAAGAGAGGCAGAGGGGAGAGAGCCCCGCUCGGAGGGGAGCCAGCGGGGCUGAGCUAGCUGGAAAGAGGAGGCGGAGAGCGCCGAGCAGAGGAGCGGCUGCUGCCGCCGUUGCCGCCACUGCGGUGUGCGCUGAGCGGGAGGGAGGAGGGGAGGGACACCCAGGGGUGGCCGCCGUCGGGCCAGCGCGACCCACGGCCCCUGCCGGAGCCUCGCUAACUUUCCGAGGCGGAAGAGGAGGAGGAGGAAGGGGCUUUGAGUGAGUUGGGGGGGAUGCCGAGAAGCGGUCAGUUGCCUGCACCCAACAUCUCCGAGCCCUUAGUGUGUCCGCCCCGCAGGGCGGCGAGCUAGGCGGAGGCGCGGCGAGGGUUCCGUGAAGCGGCCCAUGUCCGGGGCGGGUGAAGACCCCGCUCCCGGGCCCCAGCUCGGGGCCGAGGCGGGUGGUGGCCGGCUGGGCGACGCGGCCCAGGAAAAAUGUGAUAAAGAAAAUACUGAGAGAGAUAUAACUCAAGCCACUGAUAGCUGCUUCACACAUGGAGAGAUGCAAGACCAGUCCAUUUGGGGAAAUUGUUCGGAUGACAAACUCAUCAGAACCCAACCUCAGCGCUUGCCUCAGCUUCAAACUGCAGCACAGGAAAGUGAGGAGGAAAUAAGCAAGAUAAAGAACGGCCACCCAAGUCUGAGCAAUGGAAAUGGAAUCCACCACGGGGCCAAACAUGUAUCUGCAGAGAAUCGAAGACUUUCAGCACCCGUUUCUCAAAAAAUGCAUAGAAAAAUUCAAUCCAGCUUGUCUGUAAGCAGUGACAUCAGUAAGAAGAGUAAAGUAAAUGCUGUCUUUUCUCAAAAGACAGGCUCUUCACCUGAAGAUUGCUGUGUCCACUGUAUCCUGGCCUGCCUAUUCUGUGAAUUCCUGACCCUCUGCAAUAUUGUCCUGGGACAAGCUUCGUGUGGCAUCUGCACCUCUGAAGCCUGCUGCUGUUGCUGCGGAGAUGAAAUGGGAGAUGACUGUAACUGCCCUUGUGACAUGGAUUGUGGCAUCAUGGAUGCCUGUUGUGAAUCAUCAGACUGUUUGGAAAUCUGUAUGGAAUGCUGUGGAAUUUGUUUUCCUUCGUAAAUAUUUAUCCUCUGUUUGCAUUAAAACUGGAGAGUGUUUUAAAAUUUUUCUUUUAAGGGGGAAAGAAAAGCACGUGGUAAGAUUCUCAUCAAACAAUCCAGUAUUUGCACUGUUAACUCAUUAUUUUAGGAAAUCUCUGAGAGCCUUUUUCUUCCUCUAACCAAAUCUACAUGGUUUAAUAUGUGAAAUUUUAACUACUUUUAGACUUCUUAAUAGGUUACAACGACUGAGGGACAUUUUGAC